AUGGGAAAUUAAGUGUAUUUUGCUAAAACAAUUGAUGCCUCGAUUUUUAAUCAACAAGCACCUUUAAACGCAUAAAUUCAACAUCUUGGUGGACAAUUUUACUAGCACAUCGAAAGAGUUGAACUGUAUAAGCUGAAAAAUGAAGUCACAAAAUUCCCAACAAUAUUCGAAAAAAGAAUAGCUAACUCUACCUCAGCUGAAUAAGAGGGAAAAUUACUCAAUCUUCAUAAUUAAGCUUAAAGCUUGUAUCAUCCAAAUUUAAUCAAAUAUUAUGGAUUUUGUAUUGACCCCUAAAUAACCACUAAUUUGAUCAUUAGUAAAUGGUAUUAUUAAGCACUUUAUAAGACAUCUAAAAAUAUUUGUGCUCAUCACUUUUAAUAUAAAUCUUUGAUUCCAGAAAAUAACUUAUGGAAGCUCCUGUAUCAAAUAGUUCAAGGACUUCAAUUCUUAGAGAGUAAAUAGUUCUGGCAUCUGUAAAUCCAACCUGAUGCUAUCUAUUUAGAUGACAAUAUGUAAGUUAGGUUGAUUCCAAUGGGAGUUUUAAGAAUGAUGAGUGGAUAUUCUCUUGUCCUUAACAAAUAAGGAUAGGCACUGCUUUCUCCAGAAUUAAUUGAAUAAUUAAGACUAAAAAAUAUCAACCCUGUUCACGAUCCUUCUAAAUCAGAUGUCUUUUCUUUAGGUAUGACUAUGUUAGAAUUGAUGACACUCAAAAGUAGUUUUGAUUGCUAUUCCUUCGAUUCUAAUCCCCCUUAAUUACACGAUCAAACCAUAGAAGAACGCUUGUAAGAAUCAAUUAUGAAUGGUUAUUCUGAAGAUUUAAUCAGAUUAACCAAAAACAUGCUCCACAGAGAUAUGAAUUAUCGAAUUGGAAUCAGAGAUGUUUUAAAUUCUAAAGAACUAAACCAAAAUUAACAUAAUCAAAGCGAUCAUUUUUUUCCUUUGAAACCAACAAUAAAUAUGAAUCCAAGAUAAUAGAAUGUUAUUUAGCAAGAGUAAAAGCCCUUAAUAUAACCUUCUAUUCCAGCAAUAGUAGAAUAACAGAUUCCUCCCUAAAAUCAUACUGCUUGCUUCAAUCCUCAUCUUCAAUAAGAUAGUAUUUCCCAUUUUCAACAAUCAUACUCUUUUAGAGAGAAAACAGAUGAAGAAUUGCUUUUAAGAGAAUAAUAAAUAAAUAGAUAAUUAGAAUAAUAAUUAAAAUAACAGCAAAUAUUAUUAUAAUAAUAAUAUUAAUAACAAUAAAAAUAAUAGUAAAUCAUUGAAGAAUAGUAAAGACAAAUAUUUUCACUUUAAUAGCAAAUUAAAUAGAUUGCAAAUCAGCUAGAAGAAAGUCAAAUAAAACCUACUGAAAUAUUAAGUUCUUAAAAUUAACAAGACAAUCUCAAUUAUCAAAUCAACUUGCUCCCAACUCCUCCAAUUACUUAUGCAAGCCCAAUUAAGCACACCUUAAAUGACUUUACCGAAAAUAUUGAGAUUCAGAACAGAGUGAACUAAGUCUUAGCUCAAUCAAGAUAAGCAUUAAGUAGAUAUUAAAAUUGA